CACUUUUUUAAUUUUAGGUAAUCGAGAACUUGCUAUGCUCCUUAUUCAUUUUAAUGCAGAUGUCAAUGCUAGAGAUAACAAAGGAAACACUGCAUUACAUGUAGCAACUUUCAAUGGGAGAUCUGAUAUGAUUGAAUUGCUGCUUCAAUGUGGAGCUGAAGUAGAUACUUUCAACCAUGAUAGAAAUACACCAGUCCAUAUUGCUUGCCAAAACUGUAUACCAGGAACUAAGUUCAUUCUUUUGAAAUUAUUGAGGGCUCAACCAGAUUUAUUAGCUAAAAAUAAAGAUGGAGCUACUCCGUUUGAUCUGUCUGCACAGUAUGGUCGCAUAGAUGCAGUUGCCUUGCUGUUGGAUCAUGAACCUGCAUUUCGUACAUCAAGUAGAGCAUUUAUUGAUUCCUGUAUCAGAGGUCAUAAAGAUGUUGUUCGUCUUAUGUUAGAUUAUGGUAUAGAUCCUGAUAUAGAAGAUCCAUAUCACAAUUCUUGUGGACUCCAUGAAGCAUGCAGGUUUCUUAGGUAAACUUUGCUUUUCUUUGUUUACAGAAAAAUUAAGAGAAAAUUUUGUAAUUAAGAUAUAUAUGGCCACAAGGUAUAAAUGACGUUGUUUUGUAAAUGUAUGAAGUUAUGAAAUAAAAAUUGGAUUUAGUAGCAAGACAUUCAUUAAAAACAA